AUGGCUGCUGACAACAUCAACAGUCCUGACAACAACACCAAGGCUACUAACAACAUAUUUAACACUGCUGACAACAACACCAAAGCUGCUGACAACAACACCAGGGCUGCUGACAACAACACCAAGGCUGCUGACAACAACACCAAUGCUGCUGACAACAACACCAAGGCUGCUGACAACAAAACCAAGGUAGCAGACUACAAUACCAAGACUGCUGACAACAAUACCAAGGCUGCUGACAACAACACAAAAGCUGAUCACAACAACACAAAGAUUGUUGAUAACAUCACAAAUAAUGCUGACAGAAACACCAAGACUGCUGAUAAGAAUAACAAGGCUGCUGAAAACAACACCAAGGCGGCUAACAACAACACCAAUCCUGCUGACAAGAUUGUUGAUAACAACACAGCUGCUGACAACAAAACCAAGACUGCUGACAACAACACCAAGGCUGCUGACAUUAAAAACAAGGAUGUUGACAACAACAUCAAUGCUGCUGACAGCAACACCAAGGCUGCUGACAACAACAUUGAAGCUGUUUACAACAAAACCAAGGCUACAGACAACAACAUCAAGACUGCUGACAACAACAUCAAGGCUGCAAACAACAAAACCAAGACGGCUGCAGAUGACAAUACAAUGAAUGCUGACAAAUUUACCACGGCUGCUGACAACAACACAAAGGCUGCUGACAAUAAAAACAAGACUGCUGACAACAAAACCAACGCUGCUGACAACAAUACCAAGGCUGCUGACAACAACACCAAGGCUGCUGACAACAACACCAAGGCUGCUGACAACAAUACCAAGGCAGCUGACAACAACACCAAGGCUGCUGACAACAAUACCAAGGCUACUGACAACAACACCAACGCUGCUGACAACAACACCAACGCUGCUGAAAACAAUACCAAGGCUACUGACAACAACAUCAAGGCUGCUGACAACAACAUCAAUUCUACUGACAUCGACACCAAGGUUGCAGACUACAAUACCAAGACUGCUGACAACAAUACCAAGGCUGCUGACAACAACACAAAGGCUGAUCACAACAACACCAAGGAUGUUGAUAACAUCACAAAGAAUGCUGACAGAAACACCAAGAUUGCUGACAACAAUAACAAGGCUGCUGACAACAAAACCAAGGCCGCUAACAACAACACCAAUGCUGCUGACAACGACACCAAGAUUGUUGAUAACAACACAGUGACUGCUGACAACAACACCGAGACUGCUGACAAGAGCACCAAGACUACUGUCAAAAAUAUCAAGGCUGCUGACAACAACAUCAAGACUGCUGCCAACAAUACAAAGGCUGCUGACAUUAAAAACAAGGAUGUUGACAACAACAUCAAUACUGCUAACAGCAACAACAAGGCUGCUGACAAUAACAGUAAAGUUGUUGACAACAAAACCAAGGCUACAGACAACAACAUCAAGACUGCUGACAACAACAUCAAGGCUGCAAACAACAGAACCAAGACUGCCAAGGCUGCUGACAAAAAAAUCAAUACUGCUGACAACAACACUAAGACUGCUGAUAACAACACUAAGACUGCUGACAAAAGCCCUGCUGACACCAACACCAAAGCUGCUGACAACAAUAUCAAGACUGCUGACAACAACACCAAGGCUGCCGACAACAACAGUAAUACUGUUGACAACAACAUCAAGGCUGCAAACAACAAAUCCAAGACUAAUGACAACAACACCAUGGCUGCUGAAAACAACAUCAAGGCUGCUGACAAAAACACCAAGACUGCUGAAAAAGCUGCUGACAACAAAACCAAGGUAGCAGACUACAAUACCAAGACUGCUGACAACAAUACCAAGGCUGCUGACAACAACACAAAAGCUGAUCACAACAACACAAAGAUUGUUGAUAACAUCACAAAUAAUGCUGACAGAAACACCAAGACUGCUGAUAAGAAUAACAAGGCUGCUGAAAACAACACCAAGGCGGCUAACAACAACACCAAUCCUGCUGACAACGACUUCAAGAUUGUUGAUAACAACACAGUGACUGCUGACAACAACACCAAGACUGCUGACAAGAGCGCCAAGACUGCUGACAACAAUAUCAAGGCUGCUGACAACAACACCAAGGCUGCUGACAACAACAUCAAGACUGCUGACAACAAUACAAAGGCUGCUGACAACAAAACCAAGACUGCUGACAACAACACCAAGGCUGCUGACAUUAAAAACAAGGAUGUUGACAACAACAACAAUGCUGCUGACAGCAACACCAAGGCUGCUGACAACAACAUUGAAGCUGUUUACAACAAAACCAAGGCUACAGACAACAACAUCAAGACUGCUGACAACAACAUCAAGGCUGCAAACAACAAAACCAAGACGGCUGCAGAUGACAAUACAAUGACUGCUGACAAAUUUACCACGGCUGCUGACAACAACACAAAGGCUGCUGACAAUAAAAACAAGACUGCUGACAACAAAACCAAGGCUGCUGACAACAAUACCAAGGCUGCUGACAACAAUACCAAGGCUGCUGACAACAAUACCAAGGCUGCUGACAACAACACCAAGGCUGCUGACAACAACACCAAGGCUGCUGACAACAAUACCAAGGCUGCUGACAACAACACCAAGGCUGCUGACAACUCAAGGGCUGCUGACAACAAUACCAAGGCUGCAGACUACAAUACCCAGGCUACUGAAAACAACAUCAAGGCUGCUGACAACAACAUCAAUUCUACUGACAUCGACACCAAGGUUGCAGACUACAAUACCAAGACUGCUGACAACAAUACCAAGGCUGCUGACAACAACACAAAGGCUGAUCACAACAACACCAAGGAUGUUGAUAACAUCACAAAGAAUGCUGACAGAAACACCAAGAUUGCUGACAACAAUAACAAGGCUGCUGACAACAAAACCAAGGCCGCUAACAACAACACCAAUGCUGCUGACAACGACACCAAGAUUGUUGAUAACAACACAGUGACUGCUGACAACACCAAGACUGCUGACAAGAGCACCAAGACUACUGACAACAACAUCAAGACUGCUGCCAACAAUACAAAGGCUGCUGACAUUAAAAACAAGGAUGUUGACAACAACAUCAAUACUGCUAACAGCAACAACAAGGCUGCUGACAAUAACAGUAAAGUUGUUGACAAUAAAACCAAGGCUACAGACAACAACAUCAAGACUGCUGACAACAACAUCAAGGCUGCAAACAACAGAACCAAGACUGCCGCUGCUGACAACAACCUCAAGUCUGCUGACAACAACACCAAGGCUGCUGGCAACAACACCAAGGCUGCUGACAACACCAGGGCUGCUGACAACAACACCGAUGAUGCUGAUAACAACACCAAGGCUGCUGACACCAACACCAAGGCUGUUGACAACAAUAUCAAGACUGCUGACAACAACACCAAGGCUGCCGACAACAACAGUAAUACUGUUGACAACAACAUCAAGGCUGCAAACAACAAAACCAAGACUAAUGACAACAACACCAUGGCUGCUGAAAACAACAUCAAGGCUGCUGACAAAAACACCAAGACUGCUGACAACAGCAUCAAAACUGCUGACAACAUUACCAAGGCAGAUGACAAUACAAUGGCUGCUGACAAAUUUACCACGGCUGCUGACAACAACACCAUGGCUGCUGAAAACAACAUCAAGGCUGCUGACAAAAACACCAAGACUGCUGACAACAGCAUCAAAACUGCUGACAACAUUACCAAGGCAGAUGACAAUACAAUGGCUGCUGACAAAUUUACCACGGCUGCUGACAACAACACCAUGGCUGCUGAAAACAACAUCAAGGCUGCUGACAAAAACACCAAGACUGCUGACAACAGCAUCAAAACUGCUGACAACUUUACCAAGACUGCUGACAAAAGCGCCAAUACUCCAACAAAAAAGGCUGCUGACAACAAUCUCAAGGCUGCUGACAACAACACCAUGGCUGCUGGCCACAACACCAAGGCUGCCGACAACAACACCAGGGCUGCUGACAACAACAUAAAGGCUGCUGACAACAACACCGAUGAUGAUGAUGAUGAUGAUGAUGAUGAUGACAACACCAAGGCUACUGACAACAACACCAAGGCUGCUGACCAAAAAAACAAGACUGCUGACAACAACACCAGGGCUGCUGACAACAACAUUAAGGCAGCUGACAACAACACCGAUGAUGCUGAUAACAACACCAAGGCUGCUGACAACAACAUUAAGACUUCUGACAACAACAUCAUGACUGCUGACACCAAUACCUAG